GUAAACUUUUGUUUAUCCACAGUUCAGCCCUUAGCAACAGUGGAGCUCGUAACAAAACACAAAGCCCACUUGUAAUCGGGUUAUCGUGGGAAGCGUUGGUGUAAAUGUCUUUUAUCGUCGGCUCGAUUACUCAUUCAAACGUCGCCAAGUCUGAUUGAAUUCAGUAGAACGGAUUUAUCUGUCCGUAAAAGCAUUUAAAGUGAAGUUUUUAAGACAGUUGGGGGUGAAAUAACGACAGUUUAAAAUGAGCAACGAUAUUGAUCCCCAUAUUACUGAGAAAUAUGAAAUUAAACGAAGACUUGGAAAGGGCGCAUACGGGAUUGUGUGGAAAGCAUUGGAUAAACGCACAGGACAAACUGUCGCACUGAAAAAGAUUUUUGAUGCCUUCAGAAAUAGCACAGAUGCUCAAAGGACGUUCCGUGAAAUAAUGUUCCUUCAGGAAUUCGGAGACCACGACAACAUCAUAAAACUGUUGAAUGUAUUAAAAGCCGAUAAUGAUCGUGAUAUAUACCUCGUUUUUGAGUUCAUGGACACUGAUUUACAUCAUGUGAUUAAAAAAGGCAAUAUUUUGAAAGACAUUCAUAAGCAAUAUAUUAUGUAUCAAUUGUUAAAAGCCACCAUGUAUCUGCAUUCUGGAAAUGUCAUUCACAGAGAUCAUAAGCCUUCAAAUAUCCUACUUGAUAGUGACUGCUUUGUAAAAAUAUGUGAUUUUGGCCUGGCCCGAUCCCUAACCCAACUUAAACAGGAGGAGCAAGGCAAUCCUGCCCUCACAGAAUAUGUCGCUACAAGGUGGUAUCGUGCCCCAGAAAUUUUGCUUGCAUCCCCGAGAUACACUAAAGGUGUUGAUAUGUGGUCAGUGGGGUGCAUUUUAGGGGAACUACUAUUGGGAAAACCUCUUUUCCCAGGUACAUCCACAUUAAAUCAAAUCGAACGAAUAAUGAGCAGCAUUCCAAAGCCAUCUCGAAUAGAAAUUGAUUCUAUCAAAUCAGAGUAUGGCCAUUCCAUACUGGAAAGGGCAAGUCUUAGGCCGAAAAGGCCGCUUGAAGACAUGCUGCCAGGUAUUUCAAAUGAUGCAAUGGAUCUUUUAAAAAGUUUAUUAGUAUUCGAUCCAGAGAAAAGGCCUUCUGCUAGGGAGUGCUUGAAACAUCCAUAUGUUUCAAGGUUUCACAAUGCGAAGUCAGAAAUCAGCCUGGAUUAUGACGUCAUUCCCCCAGUGGACGAUGACACUCAGCUGACCGUUGCUGCAUACAGAAAUAAACUGUACGAAAUGAUCACCCAGAAAAAAGCAGAAAUGCGAAGACAGAAAAGAUCGGUAUUGCUGGAAAAACAACAGAUACAAGUAGAUAAACAGCAACGUGAUGUUCGUAGUGCUGGUGAUGGGAAGAUGGUGGUGCAACAGCAAGAAUACGAAAAAGAACAAAACAGAAAAAACAGUCACCACAAAAUUAUCAAACCGAGAGAACAGACAUCCCAGCCACCAGCUGAGCCAAAUAAUGUCUAUACGCAAAAGACUGUGCAGUAUGAGGUAACUCCUGAAAAACCACCAUCUCACGUUCAACACCAUCAAAUUGAAGCCACGUCUGCCCCAGAAAAGCAAUAUCAUUACCCCUCACAUCAAAAUCAUUCUGCUGAAAAGACACAACAGUACCAACGAGCUCAGUAUGGUGUUGCUUUUGGACGAACUGUUAAAAUAUCAUCCCCUCAAAACCAAAAUCAUCGAGUUUCAAGCAUGCAAUCAAGGGUACAUUCAGCUGGAAAACCCGUUCACAGACAGAAUAGUUUUGAAGGAUCGUACGGUCGAGCGCGACAAAAUUCUGCGCCACUUAAUGGAGGGCAUCGCCCAAGAUCACUAACCCAACAGUUUAAUGCCAACCACAACCAUCAGGUUUUGACAAGGCAAGAUAACCCAACACUCAACGUAGGCAGCACAAGAUUGAACCAAAGACCAUCUUCUGCAACUCCACCAAGAGCUGGUCGGAAGCCAAUUAAUGGGAUGUAUAAGAAUGCCUCGUCAACGGGAAGUCCCAAGCAAAAACUUAACAGUUAUUCACAAGGGUAUGGGGUGAUUAACCACUCUGCUAUGCAAAUGGUGCAUGCACGAAAGUGAGUUACACGAAAAACUCAAUAAAAUGUGAAUAAAAAGCAAUGCUACUAUCAUGAACUACAGCAAACUGACAUGUUGUUAUCUUGAAAAUCAUAUGGCAAACUGUGCUCUUAUGACGUAUAGUACAUAUACAGUGAAGUGCAUAGUUAAUGUGUUACUUUAAGGUGCUUUUCUUCAAUAUUUAAAUAUAUAGUAUUUUAUUCAAACUUAUAUGCCCUUUUACUUCAUAUUUUGAAUAUGUUAUGAAUUGAUUUGAGAAUGCACUUUGAUGUAUAUUACAGUUUAAUAUGAACUCUUGAACCAAGCUUCAAAUCUGAAAUAUUACUUUUGAUGUGUAUUUUUAUAUUUUUUUCAAAAUUUUAUUACUGAAACUUUCAAGUGUUUAGUUCCUCUCCAAAUAAAGGUUUUUCAGUCAAAUCUGUACAACAUUUGUACAUUGGCCAUUUAGUAUCGAGUUACCUAUAAAUUUUUACACAUUACAUUAUUUUAUCAUUAAUAAUAAUUGCUUACUGAAGAUCAAGAAUUUGGCACUCACAACUCAGGGGUGCUUUGUACUUAAGACUCAGUGAGAAAAUGUAUCAGUGUAACGAAUAUAUAAUACUCCUUGUUGUUUAAAAUACAACAACUAGUCUCUAAAAGCUGCUUUUUUAUAUAUUUACUCUUGAUGAUAUUUCCUAUAUCAAACAUAUCCCAUAUGGAUGUGCUUUUGAGUUCUUGUUUCAUCUCAAAAUUGACUGUAGAUUGGCAUAUCCACACAGUAGCUGGAACUAUUCUCAAUUCAAUGAAUUGUCAUUUUUAAGAGUAAUAAACCUAUCCUAACCUCUCUAUUUCAAAAUGUUACUGGUCCCUCCAUUGAUAUAAAAUGCUUAUAAUGACCAGUAUUGUCCUUGUUUUGUGUGCCUUAGAUAUGUCUGGAUCUUAUGGAUUACUUUAUAAUAUAUGAACUUAAAAAAUGUUG